UAUUUCCCGCGCAAUAUUCGUGUCGUUGCGAUGGAAUCGUCCGUCUAUCAUCCGCAUUUUGCCCACAUCUUUUCCAUCUUCCAUCAGUCACUUGUCAGUUUUGAUAAUAAUCCUGGAUAUUCAAUCGACCAAUCUUUAUAACACUCAAGGAUGCCCAUGCUAACGGUGAACGGUGGAAUCGAGAUUUUUCCACUGCCUCUUAACGAGGAAGAGCAUAUUUUUGAUCCCUGGCGGAUAAAAUACACCAAGUCUCAUAUUUUGCACUCUAAGUGUUCGAAAAAUGAAGAGUCCUGUGGGGAUGAUCCGCAACCGUGUCAAUUCUGUGUGUACAACAGCGCUUUGGAGAUGCCUCACAUGCCAGACAUGGUGUUUCCGAAUAAUAUUCUCUAUUUACAACACAAGAAUGGGGCUAAAAUAGAAUUCAAUGCUUUGGAUGCAUUAAAACGUGUAUCGAACGGUAAAAUUCAUCUUCAGUUGGCUUGUGCAGAAGCCUGGAAGGAAUCUAGGUCUGAUUGUAAAGAAUAUCUAGAGGAAAAAGUGAAACCCUUCGAUUGGACCUUCACAACUGACUACAUGGGAACGAUGGAAGGUGUGACGAUCGAAGAAACUGAAGAGAGGAUUAACGUUGAAAAGUUGAAAGAAAAAGAGCAUAUUCGGUUUUAUCAAGAACUCACUCUCUUCGAGGACGAGUUGCACGACCAUGGAGUAGUUUCACUCUCAGUGAAAAUACGUGUCAUGCCUGGAAGUUUCUUUAUCCUCCUACGUUAUUUCUUGCGGAUAGACAACGUAAUGCUGAAGAUAAACGACACUAGACUCUACCACGAAUUUGGAAAAAAUUAUAUUCUCAGGGAAUACACCUCGAGGGAAGCACAAGUCAAGGAUAUUGACGCAUCACCUACUCUUUUCGUCGAACCCAGUUGCAUCGCCCCUCACUUACCCCUCACACAGAGUCAUUAUGACAAGCUCAUCUUGCCAGAAAAACCCACAGAGCCUGUAAACCCGAAAAAAACUGUUCCAAAUGCAACGACAGAAACUGCAGAAGCCGCUUCAUCCGAAGCUUCUGUCGAUAAAUCGGUCAAUAAUUUAAUGACGUAGGGCUAUUAAAAAAAUUGAAACUACAAUAAUGCUGGAUGGAUCAUGAUAGACCGUGUGCCAGGCAGCAGGUCCUCGAAAAAAUAUAAAAUAAAGGAAUAAGAAUUUCGCAAAAGGAAUGGCGAGCCUUCGGUUGAUGAUUUUUCCUGUCUUUUU